GAAGUCCAAAGUCCAGACUCGAAGUCCAAAGUCCAAACCCACUUGAGAGACUAGGGGCCGCACACAGUACAGCAUAACUUGUGAGAAGGGUUUUAUUUCUUUGUAAGAGUGAAACCUACUAUCAGAGCAUCACCUCUUCCUUCUUCUUCUUCUUCUUCAAUCGAAUUCGAGCCCCAAUGGGUAGCACAGCAGCGGCAGCGGAAAAAUCAGAGGAGGAGCUUCGAAGAGAGAUCGAUGAGCUCCUACGCCAACAGCGCCAGAUAACGGAGCGUCUUCGAGAUCCUCGUGGACUCCGGAGGGGAGGCUUUUCCGGCACCGGCCCUCGCAACCUCGCCGCCAACGGACCUCGUCAGCGUGGUUUCCUUCGACCCGCUGAUAGGACUGACUCCGAUGAUCAACCUCCAGCCAAACGCCGACUUUCGUCCGCGGUUGUCAAGCUGGAGGAUGGAGAGGCCGGUGAGGACGUAGAAGUAGCAGAGGAUGUGAAGAGUAAAGAUUCAACUAGGGAGGAAACUGCUGGAGCUGGCACUGCUAAUCAGAUCGACAGAAAGCCAUUGAAUUUGCAGCAGAGUGGCUGGUCUAGAAGGGAUGGAAACCUAAGAGCAGCAAAGACUGAUUCUGAAGCUCCAAUGACAGAGCAUGUUCCGAGGGUAUUGCCGAAAAAUGAGGAUCCAAGGUUGGUUAAUAGGAACAAAAGAAUGCUGGGGCAGCUUUUGGGGACUUUAGAGAAAUUCAGGAAAGAAGAUAUGCAGCUGUCAGGAACAGAAGCUUACAUGCGAAGGUCGAACUCUCUACAAAAAGCUGAGCAACGAGCACGUGAAGAAAGCGAGAAGCUGAGGCAACAAGAACGUGAGCAAAUUGCCGAAAAAAGGAGGAGAGAUCUGACUCUCAGAGCACGUGUAGUUGCGAAGACAGAAGAAAAAAAGUUGGAAUUGCUGUUUCUUCAGUGGAGUGACCACCAUAAAAAACUUUGCAAUUUUAUAAGGACCAAGACAGAACCUCCAAUAUAUUAUUUACCCAAAAAACCUCUAGAAGAAGACGAAACUGUGGUCCAGCAGCGUAAAGAGCAGACAUUUCAAGAGUGGAAAACUGCCAGGAGGGAGGAAUUGUCGGAAUAUCAGAAACAGAUCCAGGAGCAGUCUGUUGCCAAUGUUGAAAAGGAGUUGGAAAGAUGGCAAAAUGCAAGGAAAGCAAGGAAAACAAAUAAUGAUAUGUUGAACUUACAAGAAACAAUGGACAAAGAAUUGGACACACAUAGGCUUGAGCAUGGUCCCAAGAAAAGAAAGAUCCCUGGUGGAAACAAUGAAGAAGAGGAGGAGGAUGAUGUGGAAGAUAUCAAUGUUGGGGAGGAUGACAUGAUGGAUGAUGUACUGGAUGUCGAUGACACCAGCAGCAGGAGAGGUGAUGAAACAGUCAGGCCAGAGACCGAUUCUACUGGUCCGCAAGAUGACAAUAUUUGAUCACAGUAGUCAUGGAAGCCAUCCUAUUACACCUCUUUCUGGUUAAUCCCUUUGAACUUUUUUUACAUUCUGUAGCUGUUUUAUUACAUGGCAAGCAGGCAGUUUCUUGGGUUGUCAUUGUUUUUUUCUUUUUCUUUUUAUUUUUAUUUUAUUUUGGCCUUGAUGGGUUCUGAGUUUCUGUUUCUAGAAUGAACAUAUCCUUUUUAUAUUGCCUGUAUUAGUAUAUUGUAUUGCUUAGAUCUUGAUGAAAACGGUGAAAUGUAGAAGUAUCUGAAGACUUUGUGCGUGGAA